GUGAAAUCUUUUACUAGAUAUAACCCUACUUUGAAAAUGAAUUAGAAUAAAUCUUGUGUCUUGAUUUUCUUUCUCGCUUUUACUCUUUAUUUCGUUGCCUUUACUCUCUAUUUUGUUGCCCUGAAUUCUAACGCAUGAAAAUAACGGUUUUCUGGACCUGGUACUGUUCAUGCUGCAAUUACUUAUCCUAAGAUAUUGUUGUUCAUCAAAAUUGAUUCUCCACAUGCUCUUCUUCUUCCUACAAUCUUCUGCCCGUACUCGUGCGCAAGCCCAAUCAAUUCAUCAGCCUGGCAAAUCAUGAGUUCUUGCUUCACCAUCUUCCUCUCCCUCUCCUUCUCCUCUUUCUUCUUCUUCGUCUUCGUCCAGAAUUUCAGUGCUGAAGCUGCCCCCACCUAUAUAAAGCAUUUUUGCGCACGCAUUAGUUUCUUCACUCCCAACUCCACCUACGAGUCCAACCUCAACACCGUCCUCUCUUCCCUCUCCUCCAACGCCACGACCAGCACCAACGGCUUUGCCACCGCCACCGCUGGCCAGGACCGUCCCGACCAAGCCCAUGGGCUCUUUCUCUGCCGCGGCGAUGUCAGCAUCUCCACGUGCAGCGACUGUGUGGCCACUGGAAAGCGUGAUGUCCUCCGAAGAUGCGGCCUCCAGCGAGUCGCCACGAUCUGGUACGACGAGUGCAUGUUGAGGUACGACAACAGGUCUUUCUUCUCGUCCUUCGAAACGAAGCCUUCUUACACGACGCCCAACACUACGAACGUCACUGAUCCGACCCGGUUCGUACAAGUCCUGGGACAGACCAUGGAUAAAAUCAGCACAAGGGCUCGCGACGGCGGGUCGGGGAAGAAAUUCGCGGUCGAGGAGGCGAAUUUGACGAGCCUGCAGAAGCUGUACACCCUCGCGCAGUGCACGCCGGACUUGACGCCGUUGGACUGCUACCGGUGCCUUCGGGAUAUGAUCUCGAACCUCCCCCUGGAUAAGCAAGGUGGGAGGAGUUUCACUCUGGUCUGCGGCGUCAGGUUCGAGCUGUUCCCGUUUUAUAAUGUCUCGGCCAUGGCGGCCCCGGUGCCUCCGCCAUCCCAGCUUCUGCGUCCUCCAGCUCCCGAGACCAGACCAAAAAGAAAAAGCAACAAAUCUACCGUGAUUACCAUCACCACUACCAUGUCUGUUGGAGGUUUUGUGAUAAUUCUCUUUCUCACUUGUUGGAUGCUUCGGAGAAAGGGAAAGAGGAUGCAUGAAGUUUUCAAAGUAAAGGACGGGUCUCGUCCGGCAUGCCCCUCAUAAUCUGGCAGAUACAAUGAAGAUCAAUAAUGGUAGCCAACGCUCUCUCAAGAGAAUCUAUAAUCGUUUCUAUGUACUUGUGCUUCUCCAUCUGCCUUCGAGUUUUCUUUGUUGUUUCACUAGACAAACCGAGUUAAGUUUGUAAUAUUGGAAUGCCUCUAGCCUUUCAAAAUGUUGAGGGUCUUCCCCUAAUAAUUAUAGCUCGUCCCUAGCUUGAUUUUUGAUUA